GUCUAAGGCGUUAGAUUUAGGAUGAAUUUGACUCCACUCUAAUCUUCACGGGCGUGGGUUCGAAUCCCACCCUUGUCAUUGACACCAUCAUUGUUUUGGUCGAUAUUCUGUCACUGAAAUUUCUCGACGCGCCUCUUCCACGGCACAGUCAUUGGAACACUCAUCCCCUUGUGUGAUGGUUCACGUCACUUACCCUCUUGAGCGGCCUGUUCCAAUAUCCCUGCCGAAGUUGGCACCACGGAAAGUAAAUCCGCCACUCAAUACAUUCCCCAGACAUUGGACGCACUUUGAACGACCUCAAUGCUAUUGUCCCCGAACAAUAGCAUCAACUGUUUCUGGGAAACAGUAGGUGCUUGGUCAAAGCUUG